UGAUGGUGUGGGGGUGUCGGAGAGAGAGAACAGCAGUGGAGAACAGCAUGCCAUUGUACUUGAACACCAGGCACUGGGAGACACACACACACACACAAACACGGCUACACAUACUGUCACACACGCUUACACAGACACACUGACAGGCACACAAGCGUAUGCUUCUACCCACUGCCACACAGACUUGCGCUAGCUGGCAUCUCAGAGGGCAGCCCUCUCUCCAGUCCUGUCCUGUCCUGGGUGUUGAAGCUAGCUGGAUGUUGAAGCUCUUCGCCCCUCUGCAGAAGCCAGCCUGACCUCUCAGGUCCUCGUUCGUACCUGUGGACUGAGCUGAACCUUCAAAGCCUCUGUCUCUGCCUCCCCCUGAACCAGCCAACCGGUUACCUACAUCCACCUCUGACCUAUACAACCACAGCUCUACAGGACUGCUGAAGAACACGCUGCUUCUCCCACGACUGCUUGGAGGAGGAGAGGAGAUCCAUCACACUCCAUCUGAGGACGUUUGGCCUCGUCUGUCCCCAGUUGGCCUCCACAUCAACCAGAGAGAAGGAGAGGGGCAAGAAGAAGAAGAAGAGGAGGAAGACAUCUGUUUUUCAAGAUUUCGGGGGUGCAUAGACUUUCCACGGCUUGGGACUAUUUUAGUGACACAAAGAGAAAGGACUUUAACAUCCCAGUAACAACCAACGUGGUACAAAUACUUACGAAAAUCCAGCCAAAUACCGGUAGACAUCGUCAACCGUCACCACAACUGUUACUACUGCCACCGCAACAACAACAACAGCCUGACACCUUUACCAUGGCGACCACCGGCAUGCAGCUCCUGGGCCUGAUCUUGUCUCUGGUUGGCUGGGUGGGCGGCUUCCUGGUAUGCUCUGUUCCGCUGUGGCGCGUCACCGCCUUCAUCGGCAACAACAUCGUGACGGCUCAGAUCAUCUGGGAGGGGCUGUGGAUGACCUGCAUCGUCCAAUCAACGGGCCAGAUCCAGUGCAAGGUGUACGACAGUCUCUUGGCCCUGCCCAGCGACAUGCAGGCGGCCCGGGGCCUCACCGUGCUCUCCGUCCUCCUCUGUGGCCUGGCCCUGGCUCUAGGUGUGGUGGGGGUAAAGUGCACCAAGUGUAUUGGUCAGAAUAGUCUGAAGGCUCGUAUUGCAAGGAUCUCCGGCUUUCUGUUCGGCAUCGCUGGGUUUCUCUACCUGGUUCCUAUCUGCUGGACGGCCCACUCCAUUAUCAGGGACUUCUAUGAUCCCCACGUGGCCGCGCCACACAAGAGAGAGCUAGGCCCCGCCCUAUACCUGGGCUGGGGGGCGUCGGCCUUGCUCCUGAUUGGUGGGUCGCUGCUGUAUGCGGGGUCGAGUCCUCCCGGCAUCCCCGGGUCUCCGACCUUCAGCAGCGACAGCAGCCCCCGUAGAGGACCUGCUGCUCAGGUCAAAGGUUACGUCUGAUCGGAAUGCCACAAAACCCCAUGAUUCUGUGAUUCCAUGAUUCCGAGAUUCUAUGAUUCCAUGAUUCCGCCCUGACAACAUGAAAAACCCUCCUCUCUUAGUAUUUAUACUUUUUAAUACUUUGGAAUGUUAAUGUUAUUAUUAUUCGGUGGUGCUUUUUCUCAUUCUUUCAAAAGAGGCACUAGGAGGUUAUGAAGGGAAUUGUGAAAUCAUUUUGCUAUUUCAUGUGUCCCUGUUGUCCUCCGAUAACCCUAUUGUCUGUCAGUCUGUCUGUCAGUGUAAAACCCAAUAAAAUCAGCAGUCUUUCAAUUCC